CCUUCAAGGAAGUAUUAGAGGAAACGGUCCGCUCCAGUCACUCAUAGGUUCGAAGCGAUUCUUACGAGGACUUGGCAUCCGAGCUCUUCCUCUUUGAUCGUCAAAAACACGUCUCAGCCACUGGUGAGACCCAAUGGAAGAUGUCCCACCGCCCUCGGCGGGAAACAGCGAGUUUGUAACCGGCGAUGCUGCUGGCGGCGCCCAUCAAGGGCGUGCUCAUAAUGACGGACAACCGCCGUUGCCGCCAGGUCAUAAUCCCGCAAACGAUCCCACCUACCAAGCUCAGUACCAACAACUCUACGGUCCAUCUCCAAAUGCCUUCUCUAAUCAACUCGAUAUGACUCACGCCCAAAACCCAGCACGUCAAGGUCCUUACAAUAUGACUGCGAUGACUAACGCGCUCCCGCAGACCGGAUAUCGACCUGGCUACAAUCCGGCACAACAACAGCAGCGAUUUAAUACUGGUCCAUCGUCUACCAUGAUCCCAUCCAUCCCGCAAAUGGCGCAGUUUGCAGGGCCGCCUAAUAUGGCCCAACUUGGAGGUCAACCUUACUAUGUAGCUCAACACCCGCAGAUGUCACCGUAUUACAGCGCCCAUUUACCGCCGUCGCAACAACAACAUCAACAACCCCAGCAGCCAAGUCUAUCUCCGCGGCACAGCUUAAGCUACUAUUCUUCGAGUCCGAUGAUGAUGAACCAGUCCCAGCAUCCUCUUCCUACCGGCUAUUACUAUCCCCCAUCGAACCAAUACCCAUCUCAACACUCGACUAUUCAAGGCCAGAUGGCUUCUGGGCAGUAUUAUUUGGCGGAUGGAACAUCAAACGACCACCGAGGAGCGUCACCAUCACAUGGUGUGGAUCAAGCGAGUAUAGCAGCUAAUUCUGCUCGGGGUGAUAUUUCUCCAGAAGCACGGUCUAACAUCGUUCGAGGACCUCCACGAAAGCCUCGACAGAGUGGCCAUGCUAUUUGGAUAGGGAAUUUACCUCCACAAACCGACUUAAUGAAUUUGGUCCACCACGUGUGCAAGGAAGCGGCGGGACUAGAAUCACUUUUCCUUAUCUCGAAGAGUAAUUGUGCUUUUGCCAACUUCAAGGACGAGCAGAGUUGCAUUGCCGCCCAACAAAAGCUCCACGAUUCGAAAUUCCAGUCAGUACGACUAGUAAGUCGGCUACGAAAAAGUACAGUCGAAGGAGCUAGUGGGCAGACAGCUCCAACGGGUCCAUCAUCAGCCGGACAAAAUCCGCCUGCCGAAUCUACACACAGUCCUCGAGGAAAGCCGUUAGAGCCGGCAACGCCGUCCGAAAUACGACCGGAAUCUAAAAAUGUCCCUAGCAGCGAUGGAACAGCCCAAAAGGACAAAUUCUUUAUUCUCAAAAGCUUAACAUUGGAAGAUUUGGAACUUAGUGUUCGAACUGGGGUGUGGGCCACUCAGUCACAUAAUGAGGAAGUUUUGAAUAAUGCCUUCAAAGUGGUCGAUAAUGUUUAUUUGGUAUUUUCUGCGAACAAAUCGGGCGAAUACUUUGGCUAUGCUAGAAUGACUUCGCCUAUCAACAACGAUCCGGCAGCGGCGAUCGAGUUUGCACCCAAGGCACAAGUCACGAGCGACUUGGAUCUACCUAAAGCUAUCCCGACCGAAGCUACGGACACUUGCCCAAGAGGACGGAUUAUCGAUGACUCGGCGCGAGGGACUAUUUUCUGGGAAGUGGAACGAGACGAUGCUGACGCAACGGUUGACGGGGAGGAAUCCGAUGAUUCUGCUAGUGCGAGGAGUGGACAGGAUGGCGACGGGACACCUAGCAAGGCAUGGGGCAAACCGUUCAAGCUCGAAUGGCUUUCGACUACGAGACUACCGUUUUACCGAACACGCGGGCUACGGAAUCCUUGGAACUCCAACAGGGAGGUGAAAAUAGCAAGAGACGGGACAGAGCUGGAGCCAUCGGUGGGUAGGAGGCUAAUCGGGCUGUUCAACCGUAUCCAGAGUCCUGCGCCGAUGUCUAUGGGCACACGACCUGGCAUGCCAAUCGUUGCGGGAUAUCCACCGCCGCCUAUGCCUCCCUCGUACCGAUGACGAUAUCGAGACGGCUCUACAACGGUGUGAAAUGCAAAGGAGUGGCGAAAAAAAAGGGGGAGGUUAGGUCGAGCUAGGCUCGGCUGGCUGGGCUAUGUUGAGCAUAGCAAACAAAAGGGAAAAAAAUGCUGACAUGAUACAGCAUUU